UUAGUCUGUUUGCCUUGCAAAUGUAGUGGUGAGAAGUAUUGCCCAUGCCCAGGAUUUGUCAGCAGAAAUUGAGUCGAGUUGCCCUACAUUUUGGCCGUUUCAGUUUCUGUCAUUCGUGAGUUUGUGAAUUCUGAAACUUGUUCAGUUAAAUACCUGAAGAAAUAUUUCCGUCGCAUUGUUAUUGAACUAUCUACGGUGACCCCCUCCUCAUCGGUCUAGGGUCCACUGAUUAGAGUAUCGUUAUGAAGCCAGUCUCGUGUGUGUUUCAAAUUUUAUCAUUGAAUCCGAUUUAUAUAAAGUUUGUAAACAAUGGACCUCGUCGUUCGCCACACCAUGCCUAACCAGUGAUACAGAUUGUCAUAUUGAGUGAUUCCAUAUUUUCUCUCCCAUAGUAGUAGAUUCCCAUUACUCAUCCUCCUUUUCAGGAAAUUCUCAGCCCAAGUGCUAUUUCAGUAGUGUUGUAUCUCCCAUAGUUCAUCGUCAUGUCAUCUGAACUGAGGAGUAGGAAAAGUGAAACGGCAACUGAAGCUCCAGCACAAACCCCCACUGAAGCUGAGAGCGAUACCGUGACUGAUGAAGUGACCAAAGAAGAUCUUGCUUGCGAUGAAGGAUCUAAUGAUGGAAUUAGUCUCUUAUCUAGAAAAUAUUUGCCGAAAGCAGGGACCAAAGGCAGUAAUGUUGGCAGAAGAAUUAUCAAUGUGUAUCAGAAACUUAGGAAAAUUAAGCCACGUGCAUUUACCAGCUACCCUUGUAAACCCUGUUUAUAUACUCAUUACUCUAAUCGCUGGUUUUCCCAUGCUGAAUAUCACUUAAGUGCUGAUUCAUUGAAAGAGGAUAUAGAUUCUGAAGAUGAUAAACAUGAUCUGUCCUCAAAAAUUCCUUCUGGGACGAAUAAAACUCCGGGUGUGCUCAAUGUUAUUUUGGAAAAUGUACCAGAAAGAUGGAGAAACUGGACGAUUCGAGGAAUUUUCACUUGCUUGCUGAUUGCCGUUUUCUGUCUAACAAUUUAUGGAGGCCCGCUUGCAUUGAUGGUCAUUACUCUCAUUGUGCAAGUCAAGUGUUUUGAAGAAAUCAUCAAUAUUGGAUACACAGUAUACAGAAUUCAUGGUCUCCCAUGGUUCCGGUCUCUCUCUUGGUAUUUCUUGAUCACAUCCAAUUACUUUUUCUAUGGCGAGAGCUUGGUAGAUUAUUUUGGAGUUUUGAUCAGUCGAACUGAUUAUUUGCGAGUGCUGGUAACGUAUCAUCGAUUCUUUUCGUUUUGCUUGUACUGCAUUGGAUUCGUUUGGUUUGUUCUUUCUCUGGUGCAUAAGUACUACAUGAAACAGUUUUCAUUAUUUGCAUGGACCCAUGUUGCAUUACUAAUUGUUGUUACCCAAAGUUACCUCAUCAUCCAAAAUAUAUUCGAAGGACUUAUUUGGUUUAUUGUUCCUGUGUCAAUGAUAGUAAUAAAUGAUAUUUGGGCAUACGUAUUUGGCUUCUUCUUUGGGCGCACUCCUCUGAUUAAGCUGUCUCCAAAGAAAACGUGGGAAGGAUUCAUUGGUGGAGGCGUCUCAACAGUUGUUUUCGGUUGCUUUCUGUCAUAUCUUCUCUGUCAGUAUCAGUAUUUCAUUUGCCCGAUUGAGUAUAGCGAAAAAUUGGGUCGUAUGACAAUGGAUUGUGAACCCUCUCCUCUCUUUAGACCACAAGAAUAUAUGCUUCCUGAAUCAGUAUCGCCAGUCUUACGACUUUUUGGUUUCAAGAAGUCCAUCCACAUGUAUCCGUUUGUGCUGCAUUCUUUAUCUUUGUCCCUCUUCAGCUCAGUCAUCGGACCUUUCGGUGGAUUUUUUGCAAGUGGCUUCAAAAGAGCAUUUAAAAUCAAGGACUUCGGAGAUGUGAUUCCUGGUCAUGGAGGUAUUAUGGACCGAUUCGACUGUCAGUAUUUGAUGGCGACCUUUGUCAAUGUCUACAUCUCUAGUUUCAUUCGAUCUCCGUCUCCACAGAAAUUGUUGCAACAGGUAUUUACUUUGAAGCCUGAGCAGCAACUUCAACUGUACUAUUCUUUGAAGGAGACAUUGGAAAAUCAACGGAUUUUAAGUGGCUUUGAAUGAAAGGUGAUAUCCUCAGAAGGGACGUAAGUUUAUGUCUCUACUUUUUACCUAUCCAAUGUCAGUUACUCUUUUUGUCAAUUUUUUUUUUAGUUUUUUUAGUUUUUUGUCCACCCAGUCCACAUUAUGGCAUAAGAUGCCCAGGUCACUCAAAAAUCCUCUCAUGGUUUAAUUACUGAUCAUUUGUAAAUAUUAAUUGGAAAUAGAGUCACCUCCGCAAAUAAACGUUCAAGACAGGCAAAAAUUCAAUUUUAAGGUCAAAUCAAUGACUUUCACUGAUCUUGAUCCAUCUUGAUGUGGAUGUUGCAGUCAAUUUUCUUAAAAAUGCGCCUCAACAAUAGCCUCUGUCCUUUUUUUCUUUUUUUUCCGUUAAUAUUUUUAUUCUCAUAUUUUUGAAUUGCAUUUAAAAAUUAAAAAAUCAAACUUGUAGCAAGUUUUCCAAAGAUUUUCUCAGCCUCAAACCUAGGCCUCAAUUUUGUCGGCAGGUUUAUGAUCAGCUGUAAGUUGAUACAAGAAUGUGGACUUCAUUAUUUGAUCGUUAAUCAAUUAUUUGCACUGUUGAGGAGCUAAGGAUGGCUCAAGCCUGAUUUAAAAAAUCCUCAACUUGCGUACAGUUUGAGUUUAGAAUAUAAUUUUUCAACUUUAAGUCAAAUUUAGAGGCUAGGUUUUGCAACUUGCGGUCGAGCACAGCCGAUAAAAUUAGGGCCUUGAUCAGACCAUAAUGUCAGCUGCAAUGAGCUAUGGUAGUCUUGAGUAGGUUGAUGUAAACCAACAGGAUGUGAAUUUUGAAAUCCAGGUGGAAAAAGAAAUGUGGUUGUUAGGCAGUCAAGUGUUAUUGUUACAAUGAGCUUAUUCUGUAAUUUUUAAAGGAGCUCUCAUGCAUCAGUUUUGAGAUUCAUAUGCUUUUCCUUCUGAAAAAUUUAGCCAGAAACAUGACGGUGUCACAUGUCUCUCUGAAGCGAUCUUACCAAACCCAUAAAAGCUCUCAAAUUCGGGACUGUAAACGAGGGGAUCCCCCAAGCUACGCACGUUGAGAGUGCACCUCUAUACCUACUCCAACUCUACAUGCACAGAAAGUGAGCAAAUACAUCAGCAAGGAUGUUACUUUGUUUAGGGACUCCAAGACUAGAACCGGAGCAUCCUUGCUAAUAUAUUCGCUUUCCACCUGCGCAUGGAAAGUUUUACCAGCUGUAAAAUUCUCAGUGCAGCAUUCUCCCAUUGGGUCCCAUCCCUGUGACGGAGGAUCCCUUCUAUUAGAGCCUCAACUUUGAGAGCUUUUAUAAAGUUGGGAGUUCAGAGGAAACCAGUGGCCCCUUCAAGUUUUGAAAAAUAAUUCACGUAAGAUCAAUUGCUUAAAUUUUAAAUUUAUGAUGCACGCAAGAGCUUAUUUGUCGCAUUUUUAAAAAGUAGAGAGUUCACAAGAAUUUUUCCUGAUUUUUCUGUAUUAAUAAUGGCUGCCUUGAUAAUUAAUUGCAGCAGAAGAGUCCCAUGGUCUAAAAAGUACUUUUAACAGAAUUUAAAUUUUGCCUGUUGGGAUUGAAUGAAGCUUAUAUUUUAACCUAUUUUAAAAUAAUUUGUUGUCAAAAGUUUGCGUGUCAACAACUUUUAGCAACUUUGAAGUUGUACUUGGUUGUCAGGCCGAUCUCAUUCAAAAAAGGUGGGAAAAACUCCUGUGAAGUAGGUGCACUCUCCACUUUUUAAAAAUGCAAGAAUUUAAAAUUACAGUACAAGGACAUUGAUGGCUUUCCAGAUAACUUAUUUGUAGAGAAUGCAUACUAAUCAACCAGUCCCUAAACAUUGGUUCUAUGGCGUUUAAUUUUAUUAUUUAAGUAUUCUCUUAAUUUUUUUUCCAGUAUGAGUCAUAGCCUCAUUGAAAAAUUCUUUGUUCCUUAAUAGUGUAUUCUUAUGUUUAUAAUUUAUUGUCUCUGUUUGAGAAUCUGUAUAGAUUUGAUGAGUUUUGUAUCAUUUAUUUUUUUCUCCAGCCUAGGCUCCCUGAAGUUUAAACAACGUUAGACCCAGAUCCUAUGCUGAGGAAUUUUUUAGGUUGAACUUAUUUUUUCGUUUCAGUUUUUCGCAGAAAUUUUGGCGUUUGAGCCAAAUUUUCAAUAACAUAUUACGAUCAGAUUGUAAGGAUCGAGAACUUACUUUUGUGUGAGUUACUUUUUUUUAUACGACUUUGAAACAUAGAAAACCAGAAACGAAUUAUAAUUAACAAAAAAUUUGCCAGUUUCAUGGGAGAAAACUUUUUUUAUUGCUUAGUACUUGUGGCUCUUAACUUCUUUGAAGUAAGAAAGUCUGCUUGCCAUUAAAAAUCAACAGAAAAACUCCUCUCUUUCUAGUCAAAAUUUCUCUCCGUGUUCUUCUCUGAUUGUCAAUACAACCCCACCAUUCAUUUAUUUGCUGAGCUCUGAGCAUAUUAUCGUAUUGUUCAAUGAUGAGUAAUUAUAUAAUUAUGUAUAAUUUUCUUCCAAAAAUUUAAGUAAGAGGAAUAGGAAAACAGAAGCCAUCGAAAUGUAGUAAGGAUUAGAAAAUUGUUGGGUUUUUUUCCUCCUUUGUUUCUUCAAAAUUGGUUAAUGCUUAUUUUUCAAUCUAUUUUAAAAUACUUUUCUGUCAAAAGUUUGUGUGUCAACAGCAUUGUUGAUGAAAUAAAAGGAAUUGAAAAGUUAAAGUAAUUUGUAGAUGUAAAUGGCAGAGGAAAUGCAUUUUCGUCUACGAAAUCCAUCCUUUGUCGAAACGAAGAAAAUGUGUACAUAUAUAUGUAUGAAUGUUAGUUUCUUCAAUGCACUGAGAAUUUGUAUGAUAGUAACUGUAAAUUUUGUGUAGGGACUUGGAAUUCUAUAGUUACCACUGAUAGUUUUGACAAAUUCCCCCUUCACUGAUGCUAGAGGUUUUGAAGCAGACUAAUCUGCAAUGAUCGGAUGAAUCGUUCUUCAACACUGUGGGAAUUCCACAUUUGUUUUUGAUUAAUUUGGUUUCAAUGUUUGUACUCUUUCAAAAAAGACUAGCUAUUUGUCACACUCAUUACUUCCUCAGAGCUUGUCUCUGUUUUGUUGUUUGUUUUAGGCUUUAAUAAUUUAGCAAAUCUAUAUUAAUUUACAAUGAUAUAUCAACGGUGAAACUGCAAAAACGCAUAGCUCAGUUGCAAUGUUUCAAAACGACAGCUCCUAUUUCCUUUUCCCUAAGAGGCCAAACUAACAUCAUAGCUUGCAAUUUUCUCAGAAUAUUCUUAGAGUGCAUGCCAAAUAAGUUUAUGCACUUUUAGACUGUGGCAGCACAUUGUUUAACUUAGGAAGAAAAAAAUCACCAAAUUUUAAAAAAAGUGGUCUAGUAGUUAUCUAUAUAUGUAGAAACAGAAGUGUAACAAAAUGUCUGCAAGGUCGCAAACCGCUAACGCAUUUCUGCUGUUUCACCAUCACUAUAUGCAUGUAUCUACUGUGAAGAAUGAGGGUCUACCACGCUGAUAUGAUAGUAUUUUUACAGAAAAUUCGAAGGCAGUGGAUAUAUCUAAUUUUUUAAAAAAAAUUUCAAUGAAUUUUUGCGCUCCUCAUGAAGAUUGGUCCUGAAGGAAUGUUCUUCCCUCAGAAAAUUUGCUAGCCCUCUUUGGCGUCAAAUUUGUUUCACUUUUCUACAUAUACACUCGCCUCAUCAAGUACUUAUUGUUAGUGAUGAUCCAACUGUAGGAAAUGAUGUUACAGCCAGUAAAUUUCCUGAACCAAGAAAAUUACUUUGACCUUUACAGUAGUUUUAAGGUAAUGACGAAAACAUAAAUAUUAUUAUUUCUCUUAUUUCCCAAUUUGUUUGUAAACAAUUACCUAUGAUAAUGAUGAGAACCUCUUACCUACAAAUGUCAGUAUAAUUCUUUUUCAUCAAGGAUUUUUGACUCUUCCUUUAUUAGUUGAUUUUUUGGCACUUAAAUUAAGUGUGGGCUAAAAUGAUUUAAACUAUUGGAUGAUUUAUUUAGUAUUAUCACUUUCAAAUGAAAGACUCAGUGUUAUUUUACAAUUGGAGGAAAAGAAAAAACAUUGAUUUGGUGCUGAUGAAAAUGCCAAUACAUACAAGUUAUACUUAUACAUGUUGGCAGAACUUUAUUUAUGUUUUGGAGUUGAUGGUGACCAUAUUUCUGAUGAAAGGUGAAAGUGAAAGUUCGAACAACUUGUUGUAGGUUUAAAUACUAGUUAAACGCUUGUUGCAAGUUUUUUUUUAUUCAGCAUCGUAGUAAAUGUAUGUAUCUUACAGUCUGUAGAAUUUGGCUACAUACCUUGUCUCAUCAACUUCAAAAAAAUCUGUUGGUUAAAGAGGAUAUCUCAUUUUAUGUGUAGUUGGUUAGUUGCCUUUGUACUGACCCAGAAAUAAGUGGAUGGGCUAGCUAUUAUGUUUGUAUUAUUUCAAUUUGUGAAUACUAGUUAAAACAAACUGUCUUCUUGUUAAUAAAUGUUGUUGUUUUGUUGUCGUUUUUUUGGAAUCGGCAUGCUCUUAAUGUUGUAGCAAUGCAUAAAUUAUCAGUCAGUACCUAAUUUUAAGUUUCCUUCUAUUUAUUUAUUUAUUUAUUUAUUUAUCUAUUCAUUCAUUCAAAUUUAAAAAAAGUGACUGUGAAAGGACCAUGAUUAUGCCAAUCAAUUUUACUAAGAGCACUGUAAGCAAUGAGAAUACUGUGAAUGCUCUCUUUUCUUCUCAGCAAGUCUGAUCCACCUUUCGUUGGCUGCAGUAUUUUUAGAAACUUAAAUGGGCCACUAGGCAAGGUACCAGAUUAAGAAUCACAACAUGUGUUGUUUCCCCAUUGAAAUUUCAGUAAAAUACGAUGGGCGCAUUAAGACUUUCAAAAUUCAAUUAAUAAGUCAGAAAAUAACGGUUUUUGUCCAUGUAAAUUUACAAAGAAAAAACACUAAAAAAUGGCCCAAAAGUUCUUUAUAAAGUAAUUUUUAAAGUACUUAUAAAGUAGUUUCAGUGUAUUCUACAAUGUAAACAUUUUCUGGUGUAUUACUUUUUUUUUUAAAAAAAAAAAAAGAAAAAUCAAAGAUACGUUAUAUCAAACGAUGAAGACAAUGUGUGUAAAACUGUAAAAUCAAGCUCCAGUUAAUCGUUUAGUGUAGAGCUUGAUUUGAGUGCCUAAUCCGGCCCACAUUCAUAAUGGUAUUUUUGUACCCAGGAAGUUUGAAUUUACUGUCCAUAAUGCAAGCUAUGAACGUUUAUUCCUGACUUGCGUUUCUCACUUGGAAUUUGUCGAUUUGUACAAUUUAUUUUGGGUGAAAUUUUGACAUGGAAACAUAUACUAUUGUUCUUAUUUCCUUGCCUUGUCUAGUGAGCUAUCAUUUUUUUAACACUUGUGAGGGUGCACUGUAUCUUUACGUAACUUCUCAUAUGAUUUGUCUUAUUGAACUGGAGGGCCUGACUUUAGUUGCUGUGUAUGAAGCCACCACAAGCCUUCUGGCAUGCAUUUGUAUACUGAACCAAUUUGUCCUUGAAGCAGCUUAGAUGUACGAAACCUGUCUGUAGAAAAAAAAUGAGGAAAGUCUAUGUACGUAUUUCCUUUUUGUUUAGUUUCUCUGUCCAACCCUUGUCUGACGGUCAUAUACUAGAUCAGCUUGUUUUAUAACUCUUGUCGUAAGUUUAGGGACCACUGGCGAAGUCUUAAAUAAAGCUACACAAAUAGUCUCUCAUUUCCUAAUUUUUGGGUCUAAUGUUCCUUGACUUAAGUAUCUCAAUUUUAUCUUAGGUAACGAUUCACUUCUUUCCAGAAGUGCCCUUCAGUUCAGCCCAUUUUUCUCUGUAUAUUCCGGUUAAGCUUUGGAUUUUGAAAGAUCACCUCAAUUUUACUUUUAUCAUUUCCAUUAGAAAGGACAAAAGAAAAACUUGUAAAUUUAUUUUUUAUUGUUGGGUUCUAUACUUUCCUCGGCAAUUAUGUGUCUCCUGGAAGGAUUCUCUCUUAGCUAAGUGAAUGAUAACAUGGCAUUUUGUCUCUUUUUAACAUUCCAAAUUAAGUGAAAAUGUUAAUCGCGCGUUUCUCUAAAAAGAAAAAAAAUAGUAAUAAUGUUAUUGAACCCCUGUUUUACUCUACUCACAGACUGCAGUCAUGUAAAUAUUUUUGUGGAAGCAUUUGUAUUUAAGACAGUGAUGUAAAAUUUGUUAAUUCUGUUAAUCUUUUAAUAAGUAAUUGGAAGGUGUUUUAUUUUAUUUGUUUAAUGUUCUUUCUUUAUUAGCUCAAUUGUAAAAAAAAAAAAUAAGAAAAAGGUAGAAAAAAAACUCAAUUAUGUGACGUAUUUCAUCGUUAAGCACUGGCAGGUCAAUUUGCCAUAUCGGCAGUGUAAAUCCGCCAUCACAAUCUCAGUUUGCAAUGUUGCAGACUUCCUGUCAUCUUCUAUUUUUUAAAUGGAAAACUACUCAACGGCCAUUCUUAAGAACUGCCGUAAUUUUUCUUCCUAAUGUAAAGAACAUUCCAUGGAAACUUAAAGGAAUGAUGUCGAUUCGUUCUCUUUCAGGAAAAUAAAAUAGAAGCGGAGAUUUUCAAACACCGCAAAUGAGAUGUGUGGUUGCGGACUUACAGUGUCGAUAUGCUUUGAUCUGACUAUAUGUUUACUUAUUCUCGCCAAGGAAACUAGUUAAAUUUUAAUUUUUGGCCAUUAAUUGCUCUUAAAAUCAACUGUAAAUGAUUCAAACAUUUAAACGAAAAAUUACGCUGAGAGAAUUACGAAGUUGUAACUUAAUGUCUCUUUAAUGUGUUGACCUCUAUGUCAGUCCUUUAGACCAUUAGGUAAAGUGUCAUCUAGGUGUCUCUGUUUUCUUCUAAUUUUCGAAAAUUUAAGCACAGAAACGAAUAGAAAAAUAGGUAGCUCUGUGGAAUGCUUGCCUGUGCAAGGCGCCUUGUACAAUGAUCAUCAACGCAAAGUCUGACAUCAUACAAAGUUAGCUUGGUUAGUUUGCAGGAAGUGUUACCAGAAACUUUUGGUAGUGAACAAUGUACUACCUUUCUGAUUUCGUAUGUUGAGGAAGUGUGGCCAGAUAGUGAUCAUGUAAUUGGCAUUUUCAAAAAUUGCUUAUUAUUGUUUCUCAGACUGUGGACACCAAACUUUACUUCCACUUACUUUAAAAUAAGUAUCCUCUUAUCGUAAUUAUAUGUUCAUUCAACUGACACUUCAUUUGUCUUGAUAUCUAUUUUUAAAGCUAGAUUUGUUUCAUGUUUAGCUCUAAAUACUUUAUUUUAAAUGUUAAACUUCGAAGAUUUAUUAUUAAUUUUUCUGAAUUAAUUUCAGUCCUGUUUGUGCAAUAUAAAAUAUUUACUCUCUCGCUAGUUUAAUGAAACUUUCCCUCAAAAUGAUGUUGAUUCUCAUUAAUCGGAAGGUGUCAAAGUAUUUACUUAUACUUAAUUAAAACUCUGUGAAAAAUCA